AGAAAAAAAAAGAAGAAAAAAAAACCGUUACACCUUUCCAUAACCGAAGGAGAAGGACAAACAGAGUCCAAUACGGCCGUGCCGUGAACGCACUGCAAAGCCAAGAUUGACCUCCAACAACCAACAUAACCCAUCGCAUGGAACAGAUCGGUACAUGUACUUCUACAGUACUGCUAGGAUCAGCGACGGGAUGCUGUGCCUUACACUGCUUUUAGCACUAUAAACGCCACACUUAAAUCAUUUUCGCCCUAUGGAGAACUGAAGAUGGCAUGUCUCCAGCUCAAAGACCUUCUGAUCCAGGGGGGCCAUAGACACCCAUGCAACCCCAAAAAGUCAAUAUGUUCCAAAAUAAGGGAAAGCUGUCAUGUUUUCGAACCACUUUCCCCAACACUCUGAACAAUUACACAACGGCUUGCCUCGCCGGGAGGCACCGGACCCUAUCAGGGAGCUCGUUGAGCUGCCGGCGACACACGUGCCUCGAACGCAAUCAUGUUUGACAAGAAAUGAAUGUAUCACCAAAAACGCCACAGACACCUCAAUCAUUUCUUUGAAUCCAGAUUCAUCAAGACGCAUAUCAGAUCCACCGUUGAGACCCCGCUGGCCGGAUCUCCCUCCGCUACUCCCCCGGACUCUUCAAUGCUGGGCAGAGAAACAGGCUCAGGGAGUGCCUUGCAGAUGGGAUCAAUCGCCGAGUUGACAUUGGCUGUGGACGCUGAGUCUCCUCUUUGAUGCUGGUCAAUCAGCUGUGUUACGUUCCGCUGACCUAAACCAGCCGAGGUGAAUGCUUGUUACAGGUCGCGUGGCAUGUGUCAAUGGGCUUGCCCUUAACCUACAGUAUUUCGUAAAGAACCAAUAUGUCUUCCGCGUUCUUGUCGUCGCUUUCCUAGUCUUGAUUGCAUUCAUGCACUGCCACUCUGGGUUUCUCUUGGCGUCUAAACUUGUGUGCAUACAGACGCCACCAUUUGGGAGCCAAGCAUUUACUAGGUUGCUGCUAGGCUACCCCAUAUUCAAGCUCGUUCGUAGCCAAGACCUGGCGAUGGUCAGGUGUUACUGGUGAGGGGGUGGACGUGACCGUUUAAGGAACAUACCUUGUUGAAUACAGUAUAUGUUCAGACUAUGAGACUUU